GCUCAGCACUGUCAUUCCCAGUACUCGAAAGUGUACCUGGAAAUGCGCGGUACUAAAAAAAACCUAUUUUGGUGAAAUCUCCCGCAGUUAUGUGAAUUUAUAAGAUCCGUUUUUUUUUGCAUAUGCUGUGUGUUAACAAAAUACGGGUGGGUGUACAGUACAGUAUUUUUGGCUCGCACUCCACGCGCUGGGUCCCUGACGUCUCCCUCUCUCUCACUCUCACUCUAUGACUCGCUGUUUGUUGUGAAAAAGGCAACCAGAGAGCCGCUGCCGCCUCAACGUGAUGUGAGAGGUGGCGGAGCCCUUGCCUCCUGUGCUCCCAUGCCUCCAGUCCCGGGGAGACGGGUUAGCUGCUCGUACCCGUCUCAAGUGCUGUUGCAAGAUAAAGAGAAACAAAUACAUUUAGCGGUAUCGGUUAACAGCGGGACAGCUUUAGAGAGACGAAGCGCACAUCAGGGAGAAGGACCAAAUCAAAACUCCGACAAGAUCAACAGAUCGGUUCUGACAACUUUGCUUUUUGAUUCGCGUGUAUGCAUUUUGAACUCAACUCGUAAAACCGGAGACUGGGAUUUGGAAAGUGGAAUUCGUUUCUUGAAGAGGUUGCUAAAGCCAAGCGCAGAGAUGAAGUCAGCAGGAGUUGGUGAUGGUGGACUUUUCACACAGAGUUACUGCAACAUCUGCAAUGCCCAGCUCAUCUCCGAGUCUCAGCGCGUCGCUCACUAUGAGAGCAAGAAACAUGCCAACAAAGUACGUCUCUUCUACAUGCUGCACCCAGAGGAUGGAGGACCCCCCUCCAAAAGACUGAGGCCUGAUAAUCCAGACAGCGAUGAGUGUGAAGUGGACAGGAACAAGUGCUGUACCCUCUGUAACAUGUUCUUUACAUCUGCCAUUGUGGCCCAGUCCCACUACCAGGGAAAGACUCAUGCUAAGAGGGUGCGGCUGGUCCUUGGAGAGCCACCCAACAUGCCCAGCACCACAGACUCCAUCCCCAGUACACCACAGCCUACAGACCCAACACCGCCCCCAACGUGGCCCCUGGCCACUGACAGCAAAGCAGGGAAGACCUGCUGCCUGUGCGGCGCCUGGUUCAACAACCCACUGAUGGCACAGCAGCACUACGAGGGCAAGAAGCACAAGAGGAACGCUGCACGGGCCCGACUCCUCGAACAGCUAGCAGGAAGCCUGGAUGCCACUGAAACAACAGCUCUGCGGAGCAGCUACUCGUGCAGCGUGUGCAACGUGAUUCUGAACUCCAUUGAGCAGUACCACGCACACCUCCAGGGCUCAAAGCACCAGAACAACUCCAAAAACCCAAGCGGCAAUAACAACUGUAACUUAGAGCUGGGAUCCCCCAUUCAUGGGAGCGUCUUUCCCGAGUGGAUAAAUGAUUCCCCAAGCUGUCUGUGUAAAAUAAGGAGUGAAUUCAGUCCAGUGUGAUUAGAUAUACAUAAAUGUAUGUUUAUAUGCUGUCGCUUAAAAGGAAAAAGAAUUGAGAAAUUUGAAACAAGAAGCAUGAGUCAAUUAAAAAUUAAUAUAUCUUCACACGUAUUUUGUAUCCAGGUACUUUCGCUUACUAUUCAGUAAGCUUUGGUUGGUUUUUUAUCAUCAGUAAUGUAUAUUCAAUGGAGCUCACAGCUACAUUUUUUUUAGAGUAACCAUUUAUGACAUAAAAGCAAUAGCAUUGAAAUUGAACUAGACAUCUUUGAGUUAUCCGUCCUGCAGUCUCUAAGGCAGUUAAUCUCAAUGUUCUUCUCUUUAGCACAUAAACGCACAACCUAUUUAAAGUUCAUAAAAAGAGUCCCCCUCUUUUGUAGGAAUGACCAUCAUUCCCAUGUCUCUCUCAUUUAUAAAAUCACAGCAACUCCCAACUCACCACCUGUCCCAUGGAGUUAUUAUUUUAUAGUGUGCUCUAUGUGAUUUUUUCACACUAGCCUGGCUUUCAGUAAGGUAUGAUAAAUAAAGAAAAGAAAAAUUUCAGAGCAAUUGUGUGGGUGAGCCCUGCCUACUGUACAUAGGGGGACAGGGAAGAGGUCCCACUGGCCUGUUUCAUUUAGUGGAUAUGUGCUCCUGCCCUGCAUUGUUUCAAUGAGCAACAGUACAUCUACCCCAGCAUGGAGCAGCUGGAUUUGUUUCAUGAGUCAUGCCUGCUGCCUUCCAUGUUUUUUCAAUAAGAAACUGCAUUCACAAGUGGAGACUUGGGAGUCUGGUCACACAACUGUCAUAAGAACAAUGUUACUUCUCUACCAACUACUUUGUGUUCAUGAUUAAAAACUUUUUUUAAAUUAUUUUCAAGCAAGUAUUGUAGCAAGUACAAAUCUCCUGUAAAAUAUAUAAUCAAAUCCUUUAUUUCUUAUUAGCUAAACCUGUUGAAACUAACUUAGUGCUACUGCCAGUUUAGAUCAGGUGACUUCAGCCUCAGCUUGCAUGUGCUUGAUUGGAAACAAAAGGGCACGACCUUCAGUGUGCUCGAUCUGGCACUCCAGUUUCAGUUAGGAAUUACUCAAGAUCUCCCUCACCUGGACUGGGAAUAUAAGUAUGGUUGCCGUGGUGACCAGGACAUUAUGCUGAAAGGGCAGACAGCACUCUCUGCCACAACCAGGCCUGACAGGCAGACACCACUCACAGCGGGGGGUUCCUGUGUGUUAUGGCAUGUACUGAAAAGAUAAUCAUUGCUUACGAUGUUGAACACAUUUCUUUUUACUUCCAAGGUUGGCAAGAAUUUCUAAACCUAGUGGAAACAAAUCAGUCACAGUAAUGGCAUUUAAUAAUAUUCACCAAGUGCAGGAGAAGAAAUUCAAUUCAAAGGAGGCCAGUUCUAUAUAUAUAUACUGAAGCAUUACCAAGUUAUGCAUUAUUCAUUUUCAAAACGAAAACGAUGAGAAAUAUGAGAGGGGGGCAAAGCUAUGUAUAAUUUGUGGACAGUACCUAAAUAAAAAGUAGAAUACAAACAUUUCUAAGAAUAAAGGGGAUUUUCACAAUUCUUUGAUAGUAUGCAAUAUUAAAUCUCUUCACAUGGACUAUAUUGGUGAGAAACCAUUCACCCCUUCCUUCCAAAUCAAAUCAUUUCUCCAUAUAGGUUAAUAGGAUUUGGUACUACAAAUAGCAAACAUUUUUGCAUUCUUCAUAUACUGUACAGUAUAUUAGGACACCGAAGUGAAAUUUGUCAUUUUUGCUGUGUAGUUAUGCAAUCUGUAUUUAAGAUCAAAAGACUAAUGUUAGGCAAAUGUAUAGAAGUACAGUAUGUACAGUAUAGUGCUUGCACCAUUUUGACUAAACACAAUCUUUUAGCAUCAGAUCUCUUUAAUGAGUCCAUUAAUUAUUAUGUCCUAAUGAGGAGCUAAAAACAAAACAUGCAUGCCAAGCUGAAGCUUGUAAACAGUCACUUCAGAGACAAGGGUCAAGGUGCCUUCUGGAGGAAAGUCUAUUAAAAUUGACAUUUCUGCUGGAUGGAUAGAACUCAAGGACAUGCUUUACUACCUAUCAGCCUGACCAAAAAGUACUGUAGUAGCUAGACUGCCUGUGAGCUGGACUUAAUAUACCCUGCUUUUACUGUUGUGCCAGUAGUAAACUGCUGCAAUUCAAAACAUACUGGUUCUUCCUUAAGGGGAACUUGUUCGUUCCAGUUAUCCCAGUAUUGUAUGAUGCUAUAACAACAUGUUAGGGUGUCCUGGCAAAGGAUUAUCUUCUUAGAGAAAACACAGCAACCCUCUUUUCUCUGAAUAUUCCUCAGGUUUAUACCUAAGGCAUUACACACCUCUCAUAAGAGUCAGAUUUCCUUUGUGAAUCAGACAACAGAAUGGUUGGACCUUUUUGUUCGUAAUUUUGUCCCUAAUUGCGGGCUAUUUCGCUUGUCCAUUGCCCUCUGGGGGUUUGUGAUUGUACAAAUAGGUUUUGAAUGUGUCACAGAUUAUGUACAGUAAACAUUGUAUUUCAUUGCUUAUGCAGUGUACCAAUUAAUUGACAAAAGCCGAAACUGAGAAUACUUUUAAUGAGCUAAAUACUGGAGGUCCAGUACAGUCAUGUACAUAGAAUGGUGGAGAAUAAUGUGUCUCUGCCGGGGGUAUUAUCACUUGACAGGAUCACACCUUGUGACAGUUCUUAAGAGUCGGGAAUAGAGUGUUUUAUUGGUGAUAAUUGAAACACAGGUUAACAGUUCUGGGAAUAUAAGACUUGACUUUUCCAGUCCACAUUUUUAACAUUUUAAAGGUGAUGAUGCUUGGUAGCAGAAUUUAAAGUGUUCUACAACAUUUACUUCAGAUAAAAGUCAAUUUAAUUAAAGAAACUCCAAGCCACAUCCUUUUAGUUUUACUGUAUCUGUUCAUCCUAUUGUCUGAAUGUUGUUAACAGUGCCAGUCCCUUCUCUAGGUAAUUGCUAAUGUGACUUGUUUAUUUCACUGCAAAUAUUAGUGAAAUCGCCGAUCUCCUGAAUCCACAGGACAGCCUUUUGUUGUUCUUGUCAGGACCAUCCAAUGCCACAGUCCUCUUCAGUGAUGAAGACAAAUCAGGACUGAUUUAGGGCAGUAUUUCACAUUUCAUGUUAUGUUACACACAUUUUUACUGAAAAUGACUGUUGUUCAACAUUGAAGGAGAGAAAUAACGGAUAAAAUUAUUUUUCAUAGUGCUGCACUGUUUUUUUUAUUUCUAAAAUAAAAAACCUGAGCAUUAAUGUGAAAUAAACUUUAUAUACUGUAGCUAAGGCUAAAAAAUUUACUAACUGUAACACUUCCAUUAAUUUUUGGGGUGACAAAAUACCUAACAUUAUACUUAUACAAUAGGUUAAUUAAGUGAAAUAACAUAGGGCUAUUGAAUUGAUUUUGAAAUCAAUGUGUCUUUCUUUGUCUUGAAGGAAAAGCUUUUGAUAGAAGUUUCUGAAAUAAUUCAGAAAUUACACUCUCAAUCUUGGUAAUACUUUCUGAUAUACUAUGCUACAUCUAUAAAUAUAAUGGACCUAUAAUAGUACUAACUACAACACCUAAAAUUUGUAAAUUGCAUUUUAAAAAGUGAAUUAAAUUCUCAACAUUUUAUGUUUACUUUUUAGUUAAUCAUUUUGUUGAUCUCUCCUUCUCCAAGUCGUCUUCAUUUCAGCAGGGAGGGCAAAAUGUUUUGAUUUUAAGAGUGUUUGUACUAGAAAAUAAAAUAUUUAAUCAUUAAGCAAUAGCUUUACUAUUGAAACUGCAAUUCUGAGAUAUAAUUGACCCUGUUCAUUUUGUUCUAGCUUGAAGCAGCAUCAACAGUGAAACCAGUGGUUUGUGACCAGAUGUGGCACGGAAGCAGAGACCUCAGUCAAGACGUUAGGGAACACUCUGGAAAAGAGACACCUGCCCUCUGUGGAAAGCUUGCAAAUGUGUAUGAUAUUUCCUUGCUUCAUCUUUGUGUGAACACAAAGAAGAGGACUCAAGCCAGGAUGUCUUAGGACUACAUUUGGUUUGUGAUACCUGUGUUUGAAACAAACAGAAAACUUUCUUUGCUGUCAAAGAACUACCUGAACUAGCACUGUACGUACUCUUUUCUGGUGUCAAACUCACCUUACUGAUGUUCACCAAAAGGAAUAAAACAAUCAUAAUAACAAUAAUAAAAUAUGUCAGCAAUAAAUUGAACCCCCAGCACUGCAGGGCAAUGUAUUCUGUGAGGCUUUUUGUUCUCUCUGUAGAUGUUUGUCUGCAGUGGCAAGGCUGCAAGGCUGCGUACUGUUAGCUGCUCACAUACUAUAUAGAACUGGAUUCAUACCCCCGUCCCAAUGAGUGUCUAUAGAUACAGGCAUGAAAAUGGGCUUCGAAAGGUGUGCUUGGUAUUGUGUUCAAAUCACUGCACCCUUGUGCUACCUUAUAUGAUAUGGACAGUUCAACAGGUCAUUUAAUAUCUGGUGAUAGAAAUGGGUCAUACUGUAGUUAGGUUAUUUUGAAUCCAUUGUGUGCAGUGGUAGAAGAUUACGUUUCUAUUUCUAAAGACACUGUGGGUUUACUUAAUUAAAUAUAAGAUGCUAUACCAACUGUAUACGGUACAUAAACGUUUGAUCUAUACUAAUGUUUUCAAGAUUGUAAUACUGAAACUGAGCUCAUCCUUAUGAAAAUCAGUAUGGUUUCAUACACAUUGAUACAGUGUGGUUACAUUUAUCUAAUUCCAGUUUCAUAUUUUUCAUCAAACUUUAUUUGAAUAGCAUGGCAUUUUUCAUAUUAGAUUCUUGACACUAGAAUCUUUAAUAAUGCUGGCAUUUCACUGGAGACUACAAACUUUGAACAUGUCAAAAUCCUUUCUGGAUCUUAUUCUUUCUUUUGCAUGCUCUAAACGAUGAUUGGAUAGAUCAUUUUGAGGCAGAAAUGAAAGUUUCACAGUGAUCUGGGCUUUAACAAGGUAUUUAAUCAUAUAAUAAGAGUUUGUAAAGACCUAAUUAAAAAAAACAAUAGGACUGGAUUUAAACCUACUGUUCUUUAUCUAACACCAGAAAGUCACUUAUUCCAUGUAGAGGAUGUGACACCAGUCCAUCACAGGGUAGAGAUGCUAAAUUACUUAGCCAACAUGUCAUUGGAAGGAUGGAGGAAACUGCAUAGCUAAAACUCACAGGAAUACAAUGAGAACAUGUACUGUAAACUCUUUAAAAGAAGGCACUCCAGGCCAGAAUCAAACCCAGAACCUAAGAGCUGCAAGAGCAAUAGCAUUAUCUACUAAGCCACCCUGAUUUGUUUAUCAUGACACUUUUGUGUCUGAUCUUGCAAUUAACUCGGAGGUUUUUAAUAUUUAAUUCACUGUAUUUUUACUUAGCUAAAUUGCAUUAAUUAAAGAAAUAAAGAAGCUUUGUUCAAAUUCAAAUGCCCCUUUCCUUAGAAACUCAAGUAUGAAUUUUUUAUACAUAAAUUUAAUUCAGUAGAUAUACUAUUUCCCUUUAAAGAAUGAAAGUAGUAACCUGCCUGGGCGUGAUUGAUUUCAAAUGAAAAAUAAAAAGAGAGCACCUAGAGUGCACUUUACAAAAUGAAGUCUCACUUCGAUGAUGCCUUGGGAUUUAAAUAAUGUAAAAGCUUGAGCUUUGAGUGAGAAAAGUGUAACAAGAUUUAUUCAAUUAAUAAAAUAGUCCAUACUAUUUCAUUAAAGAGUGAUUUAAAUUUGUAAAUGAAAUAUCAAAGGAUCUUUUGAUGCUGAUGAGUUAUGUUAAAUGAAACCCCUAUGUCUCAUACUCUCCCACUCAUUGAAACUAGAGCAGGAUUCAAUAUUUACUGAAUUAAAUUCCCAUUCUACCUAAUGCAAACAUGCUAAUAGUUUAAGUUGGCUGAUAAUAAGAAUAGCUAAAAAUAUAUCUUGAUGAUCAGACAGUAGACAGUUUAUAAUUAUGGCUGUGUUUCUGAGAAUCAAAUAAGAUAGAAUGUCAACCCAUUUUCAUUUAAUCAUAAGGUGCUUCAUCCCUGGACCGUGUUUUUCAUGGUGCUCUCUUCUUACAAGCACUUGAACUACCCUGGCUCCUAAGGCUCCUAUAUACACAAAUCAAAUAUAUACUGAGAACGAGAGAUUUCAUUUGAAUGAACUACUGUCUGAAGCAAAGUCAGUGUCCAUACUGUACCUUUGGAACCUACUUAAAAUUGGUGAUAUGCAAUAUCCAAUAAAGUAAGUGUUAAAGGGAGAUUAAGGCAAUUUUGGAAAAUCUCCUCACAGGAAGUUACUUUCUGGAAAUCACUGGCUAAUCAACCUGGAUGCAUCACUUUCUGUCCAUGGCAGCGAGUUCCUAAUCACAGUGUGGGGUUGUCCUUUGCACACCUGGGCCAUGGUCUCAAAACGCAGCUGUGAUUCUUCAGCAGCAAGCACUAUUGGUUGGUGUUAACUAGAUGUUGCAUCUGUCCUCCACCUCAAGCUUCUAUGUUUCUGCACUCAAGGCUGAAAAGAAACUGUUGGCCUGGCAAAUAUCAUGUGGAGAACAAGGGAGUCAUGGGACUGUGCCUCCAGUUGUGGACUAAAAACUCUUUUUCAUUCUCAUUUAUUAUAAAAAGACUGCAGCUCUAAGGAAGCAGAUGAUGAAAGCACUCUAGUGCACCACAACUCACUAUUAGACUUCUAAUAGUUGAUCUUCCUAAGAAAAGAUACAGUCGCAGUGGUGCAGUCAUUAUUGGGCAAACAAGGUAUUUUUGAUAAUUAAUGUACUGUAUAUAUUUUAAGGACAUGUUAAGUGGAAAUGUGUGUUCUAAUACUGUGUGUAUUUUUAAAGUAACGAGUUUGAAAGAGGUCAGGAUGCUAUGAUAAGGAUUGUACUGUGACCAUUUGUAAAUAUACUUUACAAUAUAUAUAUUUUUUUCUCUUUCAAACAAAGCUGGUCUCCAGAUAUUUUGUGCUAUGCUCCUAUAUAAUUAAACCUCCUUGAAUGUGAAUCAGCAGUGCCAGCCAUUUGAUUUGGCCUGCAAAUGGUGUGAAAUCCUUUGCUUGCACUUGAUGUCAACUAUAAAAGAAUGUGACAGUAACUCUCAUUUAACAGCUGUGAGAUGUUAAAGAGACUGUGAAAAAGCUGUUAUAACUAUAUAUUUAUAAAGAAUUUAGGAAAUCAGAAUGGUCUGGAAAACAGUGCAUUUCUUUUCUGAUAAAAAAAGGUUUUUAAACCAGUUUAUACAAUACAAUAUUCAGUCAAUACAAUACAAUAUUGUAUGCUUAUACAAUACAGUAUAGACAUAAAGUAUUUAACCUUUCCUUUCUUUCAGCUGACUGAAAUCCAGCAAACACUCAGAACAUUUGAAUAAAAUGAUUAGGGAUUAGUUAAGACUUUAAGCUUAAUCACAGUCAAACAUCUCUUUCAAUGUUUUCAAUGUUUAAAUUCUGUCAUAGAUAAGUAAGUAUAAACAUCUUUUCUGUUUAUUGGACUUACCGUAAAUGUUCUGCUCUUUAACCACCUCUGGAAAGGAUAGUAUUUCUAGAUUUAAGAGUUUUAAGAUGUGUGCAUCCUCCGAUAACUCGAUUCCUUAUUGAAUACAUACUGUAUAUGGUAUUCUGUAUACGUAUGGGAAUGCUUUCUUGGAAGAUCUAAAUUAGUUUUGGACAGUGAGGCCUGGAUUGUAUUUGCAAAAAAGGACUGAACAGCAGUUCAAUUUAAAACUCCAUUCCUAAGAGCGAAGCCUAGCACAGUGGUAUUAGAUACAGUAGGGCCAAACAAGGAGAAUGUCUUCUAAAUCAAUAUAAGAUUAGAUAAUAUUUUUAUUAAUUUAAAGUCAAAACAGUAUUCCUGUUUUUAAAAGAUUUAAUCCAUAAAAAAAAUAUUUUUGUUAUAAAUUAAUUCCCCUUUUAAAUGGGACACUUCUAGCUAACUGGGCAGUUAGUUCCAAAGUCUUUUACAAAGAGUGUGUGACAGUGGUGUAUUGGACAUUCCUUUAUAAAAAAUUAAGAAGGGUAAGGCUGUUAAAAUGCAGAAAUGUAGCCAGCUUGAAAUGAUCAAGAAUCACUCUCUUUAAAGCACUAAGUCUCCAUAGUAACAUGAAGAAUCCUAAUAAUACGGAAAGGAAACUUCACUGAAGCAGUGACAUAAGUAGCUUUGGGUCAGCCCUAGAUGAAUCAUUGAAUUUUUGUUAAAGAAUAGUUUUAAUGUCACAAAAUA